GACCCAAUAUAUGGUAACCGUUUUGCAUUUGCCAAACUGUGCAGAAACCUCCGACCGGAGAGUACACAGUGGCUCUUGCAUACAAAAUUAGACAUUUACGAAAAAGAUUUCAACAAGGGCAGUCCUUUGGGGCGUAUUUUUGGGGCCAAAAUGAAACUGUUUUUCGUAUCAGCCUUACUGCUGGCCGUUCUGGGCACGUGCAGUGGCAAAAUUUACAACCGCUGUGAGCUGGCAAGGCUUAUGGCAGCGAAUAGAUUUCCCAAGGAGCAGCUACCGGACUGGCUGUGUCUUGUAGAGUACGAGAGUGGAUUCAACACGACCGCGGUCAGAUCAGCUAAAAAGAAUCGCUCCAAGUAUUAUGGACUGUUUCAGCUUCAAAGCGCGUAUCAUUGCAACGAAUGGAUCGCUGGAAAUGAGUGCCAUUUGAAAUGCUCAAGUCUGGUUAAUGACGAUAUUUCGGAUGAUAUGCGAUGUGCGAGGAGUAUCUACCGCCGUAGCUUUUUCAAUUCCUGGGAAGGAUGGAGGAAUAACUGCCAAGGAAAGCAAUUGCCUGGCGUAGCCGAAUGCUUUGCAACUGGAAAAUGAUCAGAAAUAUCAUUAAACAAUGUUCUGCGAAUAAAAACGCGACAAUUUGAAACAGAA